UUCUCAGACUGGCUGGACACGCGAACGGUUCACCGGCUUUUACCUAGGCUCGACCUCCCCCAAAUUCGCUUACUAGUGUUCUAUCCUUUAUUUUGUUUCUCUCUUGGUACUUUAUCCCGGUGUUGAUAGUAGGUACUCUAAUCUACCGGAUCGCGAAAAAAUCGUUUUUUUUUAAUUUUGGGUGUAGUGUAUUCGCCGUCGAUACACAUCAUUAUCAUCGACAUCGAUUCAGUGCUAACAUCAUUCCAGAGGCAACAAUUUAGCAACUGAUAGUCGUCGUCGACGUCGCCGUGUGAAGUGCUUUUCCGCCUUCCGAAAAUCACCUCCGGAUAAACUGACAGUAAUCACUGUAGCAGCAACGCCAUUGAUACGCCUCAUGAUCGGUUAGUGUAGUUUGAAGAAGAAAAAAAGGGCUGUGUGCGCAUCUACGCAAACGCAAAGCCAGAGAACUGCAACUCCAGAUCACAGCUGAGCCGAGGCUGGAAGUGGCUAACAGCAAUUGAACACAUCGAUUCACAUAAAUAAAUAGACAACCAUUGGAACAAUCAAUCUCGGUUUUGGCGGUUGACUCAAUGAAAUCCCGACCUGUAACGGCAAGCGCGCAUGCAAGUCUUUAAUCGAACGGGUCGGGCUUGUUGUCAUUGUUCGGUUGCCUGUUUUUUUUGUUACUCCCUCGUGCUGCUUAUUAUUUCAUGUUGAUGCUGUUGUAGUUUGUUGUUGUUGUUUUUGCUGAUGUUGUUUUGGAUAGAAACAUAGAUCGAACACUGAGAUUUAUGUAAGAAUCGGAAAGUGGCAUUUUAAAACCGAACGAAAAGUUAACAGUUUUGAAGUGUGUUAAGAAAAUAGCCUCGAGGGGAAAAUCUGCGUAAAAAGUGUGGCAAGGAAAAACCUCAAUCGCCAGUCACCUGACGAAAUUGAUUGGUUCUCCACCGUUGUCAAAGUGACAAAACCGAUUCGGAACCAAUGCCCUGAAACUGGCGGAGGUUGGUGAAGAAAUAAGUCUGCCUUGAAAAGACUCUCAGUAAAAAAAAACAACAAGUGAAAAGCCUACAAGAAAAUCAUAACCACAGCGCUGCCACUGCUUGAACUUUUUUCAAGUAACCAAGUCUUUAAAAUUCCUUUUCUCAUCUUCUCAAGUGCAGCUCUAGAUCUAACUCGUUUAAUUCUGGCAGAUUAGUCCCAAUUUAAGAAAAAAAACCAGUGAUAACGACCGAAGCCCAUGUGAAUUAUUAAAAUAAAUUGAUAACGCCCACUUUUUCGCGAAUAACUCCGGCGAGUCGAAAACGAAAUCCCCACCAUUAUUCGGUGCCAUCAGCUGUUCAAAACCUCUUUCACAUCGUCUCGGAUGUCACAUGCCACUGUAGACCAAAACCUUACAACAGUCCCAAGAUCCUGUAGCACUUUUCUCCAAUAAAUCCAAAACAACAAAGCCCAUUUUCCAAAGUCAAAAUUGAGUCCCAACAACAGCAACAUCCUUUAGCACCGUCUCUAAAAAAUGCACCGAAAUAGGAUAUUGCCAUCACACUGGCAAAAAUGGCACUCGCUGACCCUGCAGCAUCUGUUCCUGCUAGCUGUGGCAGUCACAACGUGGACCAGCAGCGUUCUAUCAAACCCAGUGCAAACCACAUCACAAGCAGAGUUAUACCUAUCACAAUUCGGCUACCUCAGUGCAAAGUACCGCAAUCCUACGAGCGGGAACCUGCUAGACGAAGACACCUGGGAGAAGGCGAUCAUGGAGUUCCAGAGCUUUGCCGGUCUCAACGUAACCGGUGACUUGGACUCGGAAACGAUGGAACUGAUGUCGUUGCCCCGGUGUGGAGUUAGAGAUAAGGUAGGCUUCGGGUCGGACUCACGAUCCAAGCGAUACGCCCUCCAGGGAAGCCGAUGGAAGGUGAAGGCACUGACCUACCGGAUAUCGAAGUAUCCGUCAAAGUUAGAUCGGGGGGAGGUAGAUAAGGAGAUAGCGAAGGCAUUUUCAGUGUGGAGUGAAUACACGGAUCUGACGUUCACACCCAAAAGAAGCGCUCCGGUGCACAUAGAUAUAAGGUUCGAGGUCAACGAACAUGGCGACGGAGAUCCGUUUGAUGGGCCAGGAGGCACCUUGGCCCAUGCCUAUUUCCCAGUGUACGGUGGCGAUGCUCAUUUCGACGAUGCAGAGUUCUGGACGAUAGGGAAAAGUCGGGGGACAAACCUGUUCCAAGUAGCUGCUCAUGAGUUUGGCCACUCGCUGGGUCUUAGUCAUUCGGACGUGCGGACAGCACUGAUGGCGCCAUUCUAUCGGGGGUACGAUCCCGUCUUCCGGUUAGAUUCCGAUGAUGUUCAGGGAAUCCAAGCCCUCUACGGACGUAAAACCGGUGGAAGCGGGGGAAGUGGGGGUGCCAUUCCUCCCCCACGAACAACCCAGCGACCGGUCCAGAAGGAUCCGGAUUCCGAGCUGUGCUCCUCACCAAAGAUCGAUGCCGUUUUCAACUCGGCCGACGGAAGUACCUACGCCUUCAAGGGUGAUUCCUACUACAAGCUGACGGAGAAUGCGGUGGCCGAAGGUUAUCCGAAGAAAAUUUCCGAAGGAUGGCCAGGGCUGCCAGGAAACAUUGAUGCUGCGUUCACUUACAAGAAUGGCAAGACGUACUUCUUCCAGGGGACCAAAUACUGGCGGUAUUCGGGUCGGCAAGUGGACGGCGAUUAUCCGAAAGAGAUCAGCGAAGGGUUCACCGGAAUUCCGGAUCACCUGGAUGCUGCUCUGGUGUGGGGUGGCAACGGAAAGAUCUACUUCUACAAGGGUAGCAAAUUCUGGCGGUUCGAUCCGCUGAAGAGGCCACCGGUGAAGUCGACCUAUCCGAAACCGAUCUCCAACUGGGAGGGACUGCCCAACAACCUAGAUGCUGCCCUGCAAUACACCAACGGGUAUACGUACUUCUUUAAGGACGACAAGUACUAUCGGUUUAACGAUAGGACGUUUACGGUCGAUCAAUCGGAUCCGCCAUUCCCACGGCCAGUUGCCCACUGGUGGUACGGAUGCAAAAACACCCCCUCGACCUUUGAUACGCUAGCUGGAACCGAUGACCGACAUCCGAUCGAUGAUUACAACAGCGGAAAUGAUUCGAGCAGAACUCGGGUCAACUUCAGUAUUAUCCUAAUUGCUGCCAUAUCUGGUUUCCUGCUGAGGGCUUAGUUUCACAGAUUUGAAAUCAACCAAAACUUAUGUUAUUUAUUUUCAUUUUUAUCUGACAGGUUGUUACUUCUUCGAGAAUUCCUCAUUGAAUGCUAUUGAAAUUGAUCAGCUUUGGCAAAUAACGAUAGUGACUCCAACCAUUGGAAAAGGGGAACUGAAAACUUCAAUUUGUUUCGAUUUUUUUUUGUAUUCUGUAAAUUUUUUUGAAUUUCAUGUUUUUUGGGAAUCCAUUUUCAAAAGCUGAUAACUCUUUUCUUGACAGCUAUAGCUUGACUCAGAUUUAGAUCUCGUAUCCAAUUUUAUGAAAAACAUUGAACAAUGAGAACAUUGAAAUUAUUCAUAAACAAUCAGCUUCUUUAUUAAACAUGAAUUUAAAGGUAUUGGUAGAAUAUUUCGAUGUUUUGCUGAUCACAAGUAUGUUGAAAAAUUUAAUUUAGAUUGUUAAAAAAAUAAGCAAAACAAACUCUUUGUUAUGUAUCUAUUUAAUAAUUUGAAUGAAAAAUCAGCUGUCGAUUAAGCUGUCAGUUGCUUUUUUAUUAUCUAAACUUUUCUUAUCGCCAGUCUAUUACAGUAUUUUGCAACUUCGAACUUAUCUUUUGAAUCACUCAUUAUAUUUUUCAAAGAAAAAUAUCCUUAUUUUUCUUUUCGAUAAUCUAGGAUAUAUUUAUAAGCAAUGAAAAGUCAUUAACAUAUAAGCUCAUUACCAGUUAUGAAAAACUAUCGAAUGUUCAGCAUUGCAAACAAAAAAAAAUUAGAUUAGAAUACCAACUGAUCAAUGUGCCUUUUUAGAAACAGCAAAACAGCAGUUGUAAAUAGUUUUAAAGCAGGUAUGGUUAGCAUUCAAACAAGUGGUUUAAAUGUCCGGUUAAAGUAACGUUGAACAAUUUCUUAUUGAUCCGGUUUUAGAAAGAACUCUACAAAAUCAUUAAAACGCAUCGAAACAUAUCUUCUCUUAUCAAAAUUUUAAACAGUGGUAAUAUAAAGCAUGAAAACAUUAGAGAAAGCAGAUUUAUAUGAAAAAUUUGUAUAUAUUUAGUACCGAUAAGUGCCUAGGUUUAAGAUAUUAAUUCGUCCCCAUACAUGUAAUAAAGCAAUUUUAUUGUUUGAA